GAGUUGUUUGUUUGUCUCAGGUCUGUUGGAGAGCGUCUGGCCAGCACCAACCAGGCCGAGACUUUCACCAGACAGAUCCACAGACUGCAGGCACAGCUGCGUUCCGUCCAGGAGGAGAUGCACAGCGUGGAGGAGGAGAAGGACCGAGAGCUGGACGAGAUGCAGGAGGAGCUGCGUUUGGCUCACGAGGAGGUGCUGCUUCUGCAGCAGGCCGCAGAGGAAGUGGCGGCGGAGAGGGAGAACGACAUUGCCUUACUGCAGGAGGAGCUGUGUCGUAUGAGGGCGGAGCUACAGCGCCUCCAUGCCACGGCGCAGGAGUAUGAGCUGGAGAUCACGACGCUGAGAGCAGAGAUUAGUAUGAAGAGUCAGAAUACAGUGACAAGCCCACAGGGUGAAAUGACACAGCUGAAGGAGGACCUUGAUCAGUUGAAGGAUCAGCGCCAAAGUCUGAGCAAUGACAACAAAGAACUGAGCAGCAAAGUGGAGCAACUGCAGCAACGGAACACGAGUGAGGACGUAUACCUGGCUGUCAGGGCACAAGAUGACCAGGUGAGGGCGCACUCUUACAUCACUCUGUCACAAGAAAAUACCUCUGACGAUCAGGACGAACUCAGCAUCCUGAGGGCUCAGUUGAGAGAUGCUGAGGAGACGGUCCAAAGAGUUCAGAGACGGUGCAACAGUUUGAAGAACGAGCUGGCCGAACUGCAGCAGCGGUACGACCUCAGCCAGAGGGAGCGAGCGGCGCUGGAGCAGCAGCUGCAGCACUGCAGGACGGAGCUUCAGAAACUGGGUUCAAAGACACAGAGUAAUUCUGAUGGCUGGAACCUGGUCGUGGCAGCAGUUGCCGUGGCAGCCAUCUUGGUUCUGGUCGUCCCCACCUUCACCAAGCCCUGAAGAACUCUGGGAUACGUGUCUACCAAGUCGAAUGUUGCUUCAUCGAUGUCGACCUUCCGUUUCGCUCUGUUUUGAGUGGGCGAGGCCUCAGUGGUGGGUUGACCCGAUGCUUCAGACGCCACUGAUCAUCGAAAGGGAACUCCAGUAAGCUUGUUUAAUUCAAUGUCGUCCAAUAAGAACCUCUGACUCUUCCUGAUUAUUACGUGGUAAUAAGUGUUUAUUUAAAAAAUGUUUUAUCGUAGCAAAGACUUUCUGUAAAAGUUUAAAACAUAAUACAAAGUAAAAAGGAUCGAGUUUAGAGCCCUGUGGCACGCCCUCAACAACAACUUUUAACCAAAAAAUAAAUAAUAAAACAACUGAUGUUAAAUAUAUUUACCC